CUGAAAUGAGAUUUAACUCUAAAAUAUAAUAUAAUUAUGCGAGAUAUAAUAAGUGUGGAGAAUUCAUUCGAAACAACAGAACCCUAGCAGCAGCGAUUGGCUUCCUUCCUGUGUUUUUCUCUCCUGAAAAGAUGGAUUCAGAUAGUGCUGCUGCAGCAUUUCAUAAGCCUUCUAAUGAUCCCUCCAACAGAAAAUAUCGCCGAAGGUCUCCAGCAAGCGCUUCUUCAUCCGAUGGGGAGCGGUCUGUACAUGAGCGUAGCUCUACACCCACUCGCGAGAAGGAUGAGAGGAGGGAUCACCACAGAAACCGUUAUAGCAGCAGCAGCAGGGAUGGUGGUUCAAACAGAAGGUCUUAUAAUGAUCGUAGGCGUGAUGAUUAUAAAAAGCGUGAAAAGUAUGCGGAGGAAGAUCAUAAAAACUCCUAUUAUAAGUUAUCUCCACAUACAAGGGGUGGCAGUGAUCAUUCUAGAAGAGAAUCUGGAUCAAGAGAUGGUUCAGGACAUAGAAGCAAGUAUAAAAAGGAUGAUGAAAAACGAUCUUCUUGGAGGGAUUCUAAGGAGCUGGACGACAUGAAAUACACGCGGUUUGAGAAAGGGAAGUCCUAUGAUCAAGAGACCCGGGGAGUCAAGGAUCGGUAUUUCAAGGAACCGAGACAGCUGCUUGAUGAUCAAAGUGUUGCAACUGCAAACAAGUCCAAUUUUAGCGUGGGCAAAGACACCAAUGAUGCCUCAAAGCAUGUGCAUCAUGAAGUUCAAUCGUCAAGUUCAAAACAAGGUCAAGAGCUUGCUGCACAAGUUGCUGCAAUGAAGGCUGCAGAGCUAGUGAAUAGAAACCUCAUUGGAACUGGCGUCGUCAUGUCAACUGAUCAAAAGAAGAAGCUGCUAUGGGGGAGUAAGAAGACCACCCCCACCCAAGAGGUUGCUCAUAGGUGGGAUACAUCCAUGUUCUCUGACCGUGAACGACAAGAGAAAUUUAACAAACUCAUGGGUGUGAAAGUGGAGCCGAAACCCGAGAUCCAAGACAGCAGUCUUGCCGAGAAGCAGAAAGAGCUUCAGAUGGAUUUGGAGAAGCAGUACACUGCUGGGCUUCGUCGAAGGGAUGGCCGAACUGUUGGUUUAGGGCUUUGAGUGUUGGUAUCUGUUGUACUUAUUCUCUGCUACAAGUAUGUUUCUUCCACCUCGACAAUGUUUUUAACCUCUAAUGAUAUUUCUCUACACUGGUUUUCUAACUUUUGUUUGUGGCUCUGCUGAAACUGGAACUAUAAACCCUGACAUAUAUGAUGAAUGGUGGGGCUACAGAUUCGUAAUGGUGUGUGAUUAAACUAUAACCAGAGGCCAAGUAUUCUUAUUUUGUUUGGAAACAUAAACAAAAUCAGCAUCCUGAUCGGCUUUGGGGAUUGGACCCAAAAUAGUUGCUUUGUUGUGGACUGACUGACUGACUACCUCUAGUUGGUCUUAUCAUCAAGAUCAAGUCUUUAUAAAGUAUGAAUGAAUACUAUAUGACUCUGAUCUUUACAGUUGGUGGGGAUUCUGGAUUGUAUCAGACAUUUCUUCUGGCUCUUCCCAGCUGUUAAGUAUAUAUAAUACCCCUCUCUCUC